ACAACUCACGUUCUUCCAACCCCCUCCUCUCUUUAUAUACAUAAACUGUUACACAUUUCCAUCAAUCAUCAUUCAUAUACUGCCCCUCACCACACUCUACCACCACUGUUCUGCACUUAUAGAGAGAGAGAGAAACUGAAGAAGAAGAAGCAGCAACUAACUACAAUGAUAAGCCCAGUAGUACCAGACAACAACAACAACACUGAUCAUCAUCAUCAUCAUUUCUACAAACCGACAAAGCUCUCAUCACGGCCAACCACCUCGCCGGAGCUGAACCGGACGGCGAUUUCGGUUCCUUUUAUGUGGGAGGAAGCACCGGGGAAGCCUAGGCCCUGCCACACCCGAUCGGAGCCCACGGCGGCGGAGGACGGUUUGAAGAGAACUAGAACGCUGGAACUGCCACCGCGGUUGCUGUUUUUGGAGGCGAAGGACGACUGGGCUUCUCCGAUGACGGUUUUGGAUGGGCCUUAUGUGGGCCGUGCCAUGUCUUUCUCGUCUUCGUAUAGGACUCCCAGGGAGUACUUGAAUUCCAAUUUUGGGUCUUCUAGGUGGAGUGGUUUCAGGAAGAUUAGCAAGGAGGAUGAGGGCAGUUUUGACAUUUCUGAAAGCUUCACUGCUACUAAGUCUAAGGUGAAGAAGGUUCACAGCUCCAUGAGUCUUUCUAAAGUAAAGUCACAUUUGUGGUGGGCAAGCAUUUAUGAUAGCUUGAAGCAAGUGGUCCCAUGGAGGGGCAGGCAAGAAACAAAGAGAAAAUGGUCUUCCAAAAACGACACCGUUUGAUCUUCUAGACCUUUUCUCAUUUCACCGAUUAUUAAAUAUAGUGUUUGAGAUAUGAUAUGGUAUUUAGUAUGCAGUAAUUAAUUUAAACUUCAUUUUAUAUAUGUCAUGAUCGUCUCUCAAUAACAUAGGGCUAGUGUAUAUUAAUAUUAUUGACGAGUUUCUGAAAAUAGUUUUUGUCAUCUCAUGUUAAAAUUGAGAGUAUCUAUUCUCACUUUUCUUUUCUUAAAAAAAUUCUCACAUCUUAAUUUUUUA